GACUUUCUUCGGACACCAUGGACGCGCUCGGCCGCUUGUAUGUGACGGUGACGGUGUCGCCAGGCCGCCUCGGGCUCUCGCUCCUCGAAGGCGACAGCGUCGCUGGCGUCUUUGUCGGCGCCUACGAUGCCACGCCGGGUGCCAUGCAAGCGCAUCGCGACCGUGUGCUACCGGGCGAUCGCCUCGUGCAGCUGAACGACCUCGACCUCUUGUUCCUAACGCGUCUCGAGGUGAUCGAGCUCCUCGGGCAGACGGCAGACACCCCGCGACAACUCACCUUUUUGCGGGCGCCGUCCACCGCGGGCCGGUGGGACAUUGCCAAGAAGCUGCUCUUGACCGCGCCACCGGGGCCAUUGGGGCUGACGCUGCACCCCGACAUUACGCAUUGGGCGGUGAUCGAAGACGCGACUGCACCUUGGAGCAAGACUGCCCAUCGUGGCUGCCGCAUCGUGCGGAUCAACGGCGUCGAUGUCUCGACCAUGGAGAGGGACGCUGUCGUCGACCACCUCCGCCUUGCCUUUGACGUCCCCAAGACGAUCGAGCUGAUCCGCCUCGCGCCGCGCACCUGCACGCGCCUUCUCUACGUGACGCCGCCGGUCGCAUUUGCAGCACCCACUUCCAUGCGUCUCACAGCGACCACGUCGGCGUCCAACGCAGUCGUCAUUGCCGUCGGCAGCACCGACCUCACGGCUCUUGCGCCGGCGGCCGCCCACGAGCUUGUCCGCACCGCCAGCACCUCGAGUCGCCUCUUGUGCUACACCGCCGCGUCGAUGGAUUCGGUCGCCACGCCGUCCGACGACGCGAUUACGGUCACGAUCCUCGACUCGUCGCUGGGCCUCACCCUGGAGAGUACCGAGUGUGCGUAUCUCAAAGUGAUGGGGUUCGCAACGUUGGCGGACGCUGACCGAGCGUACUACGCCCCGUACAAGCACCGCCUUCCGGGAGCGUGCGUGGCAGCUGUCAACGGUGUGGAUGUGAGCUUGGCGAGCCGGGAUCGCGUUGUCCGGCUCUUGAGCCAGCUCCCGCACGUCCCGCGUACCGUGACCUUUGUCACCGAAGCCGAGAUCCGCCGUCGGCGCGCAGUAGGCCCCACGCAGGUGGUGCGGGUCCCCGCGGGGCCGCUAGGCAUCGACUUUGACGGCAACCAGCCGUCGCACACGGUGGUUGCGGGCUUUCGGGAGCUUCCAAAUGGCGAGCGAGGCACGCUGGAGCGCAGCGGCCUCGUGCGCGCUGGCAGCAUCCUCGUUGCCAUCAACGGCUUCAACAUCUCGUGCCUCGCGCUCCACGAUACCAUUGCGCUUCUCCAGAAGCUUUCGCACAAGGCGAAAGACCUUACGUUCACGACGCUGGAGCACCGCCCGACGUUGGACGUGUACGUGCCAGCGGGGCCGCUCGGACUCACCUUUGCGGCGCACCGGCCCGAGAUCGCACUGCUCGAGACGAUAUCGCCGAAUUCGGUGAUCCAAACGCACGGUGCUGUCGCGCCACAGAGCGUCCUCGUUGGCGUCGAUGGCUUUGAUCUGAGCGCCCUCUCGCUUGCCCAAGUUGCCGACCUGCUCAAAAGUCUCUCGGCGCACGCCAAGGUGCUCUCGUUCACGCCACCAACGGCGAAUUCCAGCGUCCCGCGCAGAGCCGCCAUCGACGUUGUUGUCGGUCCUGGCGCUGCGGGCGUGCUCUUCGACCCCAAGGCACCGAUCGCGGCCAUCGUCACGGGCUUUACACUUGGCAGCUGCGUCGAAGCCGGCGUGCCGUUGGGCAGUCGCCUCGAGUGGAUCGACGCCUUGGACGUGCGCUCCAAGUCCCUCGCCGACAUCGAAGCGCUCUUGAGUGACUUGGAGCCAGGGACGAAGACUCUCUCGUUUGCACUGACGAUGCCGACGGCACCGCUUCCGCUCGUGCACCGGGACUCGGUGCCAUCGACGAUAGCGAACCUUCAAGAGACGCUCUCUUUGACCGACGGCCAAGUGUUGGCGUUGCAGCGCCGUCUGAGCUCGUCAUCGGACGGACCUCCGUCCCCGCCCUCGCGCCGAGCGAGCGCCUCUACGGCGGACACGGUACCGCCACUGCCUCGGAAGCUGUCGCGUGCGGCGUCGACCACCGCUCCGAACGAGGAAGUCCAGGGCGCGGACCUUGUCGUUCCUUUGGUGGACUUUAAGCGAGCGUACCACGUCCACAAGGUGGUGGGGGGCUGGUUUGGCAAACUCAAACCGCGCCACUUUGAGUUUGAUCGCGACCAAAAGUACCUCGUGAGCUAUGACAACAGCAGCAAGGAGCGCACGUACAAGCACAUUCCAAUCGCUUCGAUUGCGUCCGUGACCAAGGGCAAGUCGAAUGUGGCCAAGAAGGGCGCCGAGACGGCGUCGGACGACCAGUGCUUGAGCGUCGUCAUCGGCAAGCGCACGAACGACUACAUCUGCGCGACGGUCGACGAUCGCGAUACGUUUGCUGAUUCGCUCGAGACGCUCAUUCGCGCCCGCAAGCUCUAAUUUCCUCUGCGCCUCCAAGUUCAUACAAAUUGCAUGUUGUUUCGAUAUCCGAUCUUAG